CUCUCAUGCAUAGUUUCUUGUUGGGCGCUCACAGACGCAUCGAUUCUCGUUUACCAGAAGGGAUGCCACUCUCAGCUGUGGGCCUCCGCUGAGUCACGAGCUCCCAUCGGCUUGGCACAGCUUUUGCGUCUUUCUGCACCACUCUCACUGUCCCCCGCUCCAACAAAUACCCUCUUGAUCUUCAACCACCCACUCCCGGAUUUAUCAGGAUGAACGAUGGCAUUAGCAGUAGCUCGGGCGAUGGGGAUAUCGAGCUUUCCCGUGUUCCUACUGUGAAUGGCUCCGACACUGACAAGGAUCCGCUCUUGCUGGCCAGCCGUCUUCAAAGCGAAGAGCAUAUUAAGAAUCUGCGCCAACGCAAGAGACACAAGAAGGGGGGCGUCGUUGUCGGAGAGUUUUAUGAGAAGCAGAACAAGCAAAUUGCUUCGCUUUUGAUGACCAUGGACGAGCAUAUCGAAAGCGCUCAGGCGGAAGAGGAGACGAAUCGAUUGGCGAUUAAAGUGGCCAUCUACGGCUCCCUCGCAGCGAACUGUGUCCUGGCUGUGCUCCAAAUAUAUGCUGCUAUUUCUUCGCUGUCUCUGUCGUUUUUCGCGACGGCUAUAGAUGCUGUGUGCGACCCUAUGGCGAAUGUCGUUCUUCACAUCUGCCAUCGGAAGGCCAUCUCGGCGGACCCGAACAGAUAUCCUUCUGGUGGAAGCAGGCUGGAAACGAUCGGUGACAUAGUGUAUGCCAGUGCGAUGGGCUCUGUCUCCACCAUUCUCAUCGCAUUCUCGGUUCAGGAUCUGGCUCGUGGUGCACCGAGUGACCGAGCGCUUCACAUCCCAUCUGUCAUCGUCGUCGCCAUAUCUUUCUUCGUAAAGCUCGUACUUUUCAUAUAUUGCUACUCGAUCCGCUCCAAGAACUCUCAAGUCCGCGUGCUCUGGGAAGACCACCGGAACGACUUGUUCAUCAAUGGUUUUGGUGUGCUGACUUCUUCUGCCGGUGCCAAGCUCCGCUGGUGGAUUGACCCCGCUGGUGCGAUGAUCAUCUCAAUCGCUCUCAUUUUACUGUGGGGCACAACGAUCCGGAAACAGUUCCUUCUUCUUGCUGGCAUCUCCGCUCCGAUCGAGUUCCAACAACUGGUGAUAUACAAGGCCAUGAUGUUUGCGGACGAUAUCAAGCAAAUCGACUCUUGCAAAGUCUACCACGCUGGUCCUGACUACAUUGUCGAGCUGGACAUCGUGAUGGAUGCGGACACACCGUUGUGGAAGUCGCACGACAUUUCACAGGCUCUGCAGGAUAAGAUCGAGCAGCUGCCGAACGUCGGAAGAGCUUUUGUCCACGUUGACCACGAGAUCAGCCAUAAACCAGAGCAUGGCAAAACCAAGUGACGAUGCUACCCUUGUAACUUACGGUAUUACGUCUGUGUUCUAUUCCAAUUUAGCUCACGGGGCUUUCGACCGGACCCUCGUAUUGAGCGACAGAUUCAAGCAGUUUGAUCCAACGCCCCGCGUGCCACGUUUUGAGAUCCUUCCAGAACUCGCUCUCUUUUCCCCAUCCUAUCAUAUACCACUUGAGCUCCCCGGCAACAACCAGAUCCCCAAAGGACAACUGGUCACCCAUGACGUAAGGGCCGGCACUCUCCUCAUCGAGCCACUCCGCGAACUUGCCAUAGUUCUCCUGCAACGACUGCCACGCCGCAUCGCGCGCCUCCCCCUCCGGCACCAGCUCCUCGAGGGGCUUCCCGAACGACUCCGCACGGGUCCGGCGGAAGUACUCCCGGCUGCGCGGGAACAGUAUGUCCGGGACGCCGGGUAGGAUCAGCGGCACCACGGGCUCCGUCAUCUUGUCGAACGCGAAGCGGAAGGUCUUCUGAAGCGUGCGCGUGCCCUGCGGGAUGAGCCGUGGCGUGUCCGCGUACGUCGCGUCCAGGUACACGGCGAUGCGGAACGAAUCGGAGACGACCGCGCCUGUGUUCGGGUCCUGGAUCGUGGGCAGCGAGUAGUAGGGUUUCCCGUUCUUGCGGAUCAUCGACGGCUCCGCGCCGAUGCGCAGGCAGUGGUCUGCGAUGUCCGGGUAUUCGAUCCAGACGGUCUUGUACGGGAGCCCCUUGUAGUUCAAUGCAUAUCUGAAGGUCGGGUGCUCAGAGCGAUCUAUGCGAUCGCGACUGAUUGGGAGUCAAGUACCUGAUAAUCCAGGUGUUCGGCGACCAAGCAACUCCAGGAACCGAGGACGGGAUGUCAAAGAAAAGAAUGGGCUCAGUCAUGGAUCGGCCGGAAGAAAGGUGCCAAACGUUACAAUGCUC